AUGACUGUCCUAAGGGCAUGGGUCCGCAGAAAUCUGAUUCAUAAACCUACGAACAAAAAGCUUGAGGCAGGCUAUGAGUUAGACUGGAUGGCACGAGAGAUAUCAAACUGCCCGCAGUGGACUGUUGUUACAUGGGGUUUUGAUAGACCUAACCCAUCCGAGGGCAGUUUAGCCACAAAGCUGGUUACCGCGAGACGUCGAUUGGGAACAUUAUCAAGAUGGCCGAGCAAGUGGCUUAAAACCAUUGAUUCAACAAAAAAGGCGAUAGAAGCAGUCAUAAACUUUUUGUUUUCGAAUGAGGAGGUCACUUUAGACAGAAAUUACUGGUUGGCGCAAGGGACCUUUGAUUGGAAGAUUUUAGUUGAGGUUAUUGACAAAUUAGACCAAUGUCAUCUAGAAGUGGUCACUUUGAGUAUGAGACGAAGUAGACUACUGGAUGGUCCUUGGGGCCCUUGGCGAGCCUCGACGAGCGAAAUAGAUGCAGUUCUUGGACUAUGGAUGCUACAGUUUAGGGAUAUUGAGCGCAACCAAGACGGUAGGAACGAUGCGCAAAAUGGUGAAGAAGAUGGCCCCCAGAGAGCCCGGCCGACCUUACGUAUCCUUGGACUAUGCGACAAUAUCGGGAGAAUAAACUUUGAGCGCUGGAUAACACGUGGAUCUGAUUUUGUUAAAGUCGAUGAUCUAUACUGUUCGAAGCUCAACGAAAAUAUUGGACGAUCUGGUCAUGUUGUCGGAGCAAAGGUAUUCCCUAGGGUGGGCAAUAAGAUCGAUAAGAAAGGAUUCGGAAUGGGUACAGUCGUUUUAAGCGGGUUAGCGAAAGAAAUCGAACAGACAGGUUUAGCAAACACUGAGGAGGCAUAUAUGACCCUUGUGCCUGCGUUAUUCAAAUCCAGAAAUCUGCCCGAAUUUUUCGAUACGAAUUUUUUUGGCUGUUUUUCUGAGACAGCAAAGUCCCACAUUGAUAUAGGAGAGUUUGAACAAGCUGAGUGGGUGUUAAUGGGGCUCUUUCAUUGCGCCGAGACCUCGGUGAACGUUCUCAAGGGAAAAAACGAGUGGAUGAAGGCCGGACAAAUAUACGUGGAUCUCCGUCAAGCUUGCUCGACCAUCUUGCAGUCAGAUUCCAACGGAUACACUGACGAAAUUGAUAAACGUAUCACUUUACUUUGCGAAGACGUCUUUCUGGCAGUUUGCGAAAGAUCCCAGUUCUACGAUACUGAUCAUGCAGCACGUCUUCCAGACGUCGACACUAUGAACCUAAUAAAUCAAUGUAUGAUUAAUAUCCUAGGCGAUAUCCCGAAGAAGACACUCGAUGUAUGGAAAGUUAAACAUGAUUUUGAACUCUCAAAACCACUUCACAGAGGAUCGGUGGACGAACAAUUGUUGAUGGCGGCGGAGAACGGGUGGGUGUUGCUUGUCGAAAGGCUCCUCGAAGAGAAAGCAAACGUUGAAAGCCGUGACCCCAGCCUGCGAACACCGUUGAUUCUUGCAUCUUUAUCAGGUCAUACCGGUGUGGUUCAAAGACUAAUACAAAACCAUGCUCAAGCAACUUCUCAGGACUAUUUAGGUCAAACCCCACUACAUCACGCCUCUGCUAAAUGUCAUACACAAGUCGUGCAGACUCUGUUACUCCAUCACGGACCGCUAGAUAUUCCCAAUAAAAAUGGGGAAACUGCCCUCGACCUCGCAGUAAAGAAUAACGCCGGAGAAAUUGUGGAUCUUCUUUUAUUUUACGGUGCCACAGACAUUGAUGGGAAGGCUAGGAAGUUAUCUCGCGAAGGUUCCAUGAAGGGAUCAGAAGCGAGGGUAAACUUGAAGUUAAUAGAGAAACACGACGAGGAGGCGUUAUAUUGGGCUAUAUGGAAAGGUUCACGGGGUAUGAUUGAAACCUUAGCUGGAAGAGGCAUUGGAAUCAAAUGGAGAGACGGAUUAAUGCAAACUUCUCUGCACAUCGCUGCUUCAAAAGGCUCGAUAGAUGCAAUUCGAAUUCUUCAGAAGAACAACGCAGACCUUGAGGCAAAAGAAAAGAAUGGGAAGACAGCGCUACACCUGGCGUUGAUAAACGGCCAUACAGAAACACAUAAAAUGUUACUUAACGAUGGAGGUAAUAUUAAUGCAGCUGAUGAUGAUCAUGAAGGCCAAGGGCCGCUGCAUUAUGCAGCUUCUACAGGUCACAUAGACAUAGUGAAACAUUAUUUAGACAAGGGAACAUUCGACAUAGGAGCCAAAGAUAAAAAGGGCCGUACAGCACUUCACCACGCCACACGCAAUGGACACACAGAGAGUGUGGGACUACUCCUGGACCGGGGAACCGACAAAGAGGCUAAGGACGACCGUGACCGGACAGUACUUCAUUACGCUACACGCAAUGGACAUACAGAGACAGUGAGACUACUCCUGGACCAGGGAGUCGACAAAGAGGCUAAGGGCGACUAUAGCUAG